GAAGAGAGAAGGGGGGUGGGGCUCGUUGCGCUGCAAAAUAUAAACAAUGGACAUCUCUAAAGUGCCUGUGGGACCUGCCAAGCAAACCAAGAGAGCUCGAUGGCAGUCCUACGUUGAUGAUGCUCUCUUAAAGACUGGCCAGGUCAAUAAUGCAGCCAUUCAUGGUCUAGAUGGGCUCAGGUGGGCUUGCUCCACUAACUUCCAGGUUAAUGUGAAGCAAGUUAGGAAGCUCGUAGCCUUCAUACUGGGAGAGGACCCAUCACUAAGGAAAGCAGGCAUUGAGGUGGCUAAUCAGAAAUUCAUCUUCCUCAAAGCCGUGACAGGCAAGGCAGUGUACGGGAGGAAAGGCGUUGACUCAGGGAUCUGUGUAGUCAAGUCAGAGAAGGCUCUCCUCAUUGGAACAUAUGGACCAGGGGUGCAGGCAACAAACUGUAACUCUGUCAUCGAAAAAUUAGCAGAAUAUCUUAGUCAACAUGAUUUGUAAUGUGAAGGUAGUCUGUGUAUCGCCAAAUUGUCAAAUACUUUUAUCUCUCGAA